AUGUUAGCACUUGCUCUGACUGCCGACUUGGAAGGCGUUACCGACCUUAAGCCUGUCGACACAGCUGAUUCUCCGUAUUACUACACGUUUAAAGUUCAAUGCACCUCAUGUCGAGAGGUACAUGCCAACUGGGUUGGUGUUAGUCGCCAUGAUAUGAACGAACAAUCAGGAAGUCGAGGGGAGGCCAACUUCGUCUGGAAGUGCAAGAACUGCAAGCGAGAAUCCAGCGCCACGAUCAAGGCGGCCCCAGUGAAGUACGAGCAGAAUUCACCAGCAAAAGCGAAGAAUCUCAUCGAAAUCGAUUGUCGCGGCCUGGAGUUCACCGACUUCAAACCGGAUGGAGAAUGGGAAGCCACAGGGAUUGAAUCUGGCACCAAAUUCACGGGAAUUGACUUGUCAGAGGGAGAGUGGUUUGAUUACGACGAGAAGGCGGGUGAAGAAGUGAGUAUCAAGGACAUCAAAUGGGAGGUUCGUCGAGCUUGA